AAUUAAUGAGAUGCUGGUUAAGAACGCCAUUCCCAUUCCAUGAAUUUUGCUUAUAAAUUAGAAAGGAAAAUUGUAAAAAGGGGGGGAAAAGAUUUAAGAAAAAAGAUUUAGUCAAAUAAACAAAUCAAGAAGGCCGUCUAAAUAAUUGUGCGACCAAAACGGAAAAAUAUUCUCUGAAUUAAAAUAUAUAUAUUGGAUUUCGGCUUUUUCUUUUGGAAAAAUAAGAAAAGAAGAAGUAGAGAGAGAGAGCUUCUUUCAUUCGAUCAAAACCAAUAAUCAAAGUGGGGUUCUGUUCAGUCGUUCAUUCAAUCAUUCCAAGGAGCCAUCGCCUCUCCUCUCUCUCUCUCUUCGUUCCUCUCCAUCACUAUACUCUGUUUUCCGUUGGACAUUGCCAGUUUCGCCUGGUAAUCUCUUCUUCCCUUCCGCUUUCUUGCCGUUCUUUGUCUUCACGCAUUUGAAAUUGCUAGGGUUGUUGGAAUCAAUUUGAGACGAGUCUCGUUUCCAUUUGUUGAUCUUCGUUUUUCGCUGGUUGGAGUGAGUGGCUUCUUCCGUCGGUCAAAAUGCUUGCCCGGUAAAUCUGUAGGGUUUGAUUGGGGAAUGCCGGAACUAAUCUCUCUCGUUUUAUCAGCUCUUUGCUUUGAGUUCUUAGGGUUCUUCGCAUCAAGUCUUUGUCUUUCCUAACGGAUUUUAGGUGGUUGAGGGUUUUCAGCCUCCGAAACGGUGGUCUUCUUCUAAUUCGAUCAGUGGGUUAGUUUCCCCACUCUUCUGGAUUUGGCUGUCGGUGAUCUGGGGAUUUCCUGUGAUUUCAGGGACUUAGCAAUUUCAUUUUGUCUUCUUCACUUGAGUUAUUGUGGUAUUGCUUCUACGUUUUGAAUGUAAAUUUAGUUCAACCCCGUUAAGAAUUCAACGGUUAGGUGUGAAAUUCGAGGGAUUUAGUCUGAAAGUUUGAGCCUUUUUCUUGUUUUCUUCUGCGCUCCUACUCCACAGUAGUAUUGAAGUGGCUAACAACAUCCGGCUAUCACAAUUUAGUAACAGGAGCGAGUGAGGCACCAGCCAUUGAUGUGAUGAUUUCAUUUGUUGGUCACUCUUAUGUACAGUUCUUCAAACGUGGAGACUGUUUGCUUCUGUCAAACUGGGGUUGGUUAGUUGUAGAUAUGUAUCACAGUCUGUAUUAGAGCAUAUCUCCUCUGUCAAUCUUAUAUGUGAAAGCUAGGUACUGAGAAUCUUCUGCAGUACAAUGUGAUUAAGUUUGAAUGUGAUUUAGUCAGUUUGAAAGAACUGGAAUUGCACGGAUGCCUUGACCAAGGCUUUCUUUUCUUUUCUUGUAUCUCAUAUAAUUGCACUUUCAAUUGGAUACUGCAAUCACAUUUUCUCGAGAACUGCGGAUUCUGAUUCUGAUUCAGCUAAAGCUACAAGCUUUGUUUCAUUUAUUGGUCCUGCCACUAUAGUUUUCUGACUGGAACUCUGCUGCUGAACCUCUUGGUUUAACAACUUUCUUCAAACUCAUGGUUUCAUUUUGUUGUUGCAGGCCAUUGCUUGCUUGGUUGAUCUCUGUGUUGGGUGCAAGGUGUUAGAUUGCAGUCGUUCCUGAAGUUCUACAUCUUACUAAAUAAAGGAGAACUUCUUCCCAGUAUUUGACUAUGGCAACAAAUGAAAAUCUUCCACCCAAUGUGAUAAAGCAACUUGCCAAGGAAUUGAAGAGUCUUGAUGAAUCUCCACCUGAAGGCAUCAAAGUAGGAGUUAAUGAUGACGAUUUUUCCAUCAUAUAUGCUGAUAUUGAAGGACCAGAUGGGACUCCAUAUGAAAAUGGCAUUUUCCGAAUGAAGCUGUUGUUGCCACAUGAUUUCCCACAGUUACCUCCACAAGGUUUCUUCCUGACCAAGAUAUUCCACCCAAAUAUUUCAUCUGAUGGGAAAAUUUGUGUCAAUACACUGAAAAGGGACUGGAAUCCAAGUCUUGGACUACGCCAUGUUCUUGUUGUCGUGAGGUGCUUAUUGAUUGAACCAUUUCCUGAAUCUGCCCUAAAUGAACAGGCUGCCAAGAUGCUGCUUGAAAACUAUGAGGAUUAUUCCAAACAUGCCAGACUGAUCACUGGAAUUUACGCAAAGCCAAAACCCAAGCACAAGUCUGGCCCCAUUUCGGAGUCAACAACAGCGCUGAAUGUCGACCAGAGCAGCAACACCUCAGUUGCCACCAGCGGCGGCGUUGUCGAUCUCAAGAAUGCGACAGCCCCUUCUGCCGUGCCAGUGCCACCUUGUUCGACCACAUCCUCCAAGGGAGUGCACCCGAACAACGCAGAUCAGGUAACACCCGAGACAGGUGCCAGUGCACAAGUAACGAGCUCCACGAAGCAGCAAUCCACGGUUGGAUGCGUGAACCGAAAGGAGGGAGUUGUUGCAGGUCACUCCUUGAAGCCUCUGGCGGAGAAGAAGAAGAUGGAUGCCAGGAAGAAGAGCUUGAAGAGACUAUAAUAACAACAAUGCACAGGUCAUGCUACUGCAGGGUUUUUUUCUUCUUCAUUUUCUGAACUCAAACUGCAGAAAAUGUUUGUUGUGCAAUGUGCAUUAGUGGAUAAUACUGUGAUGUAACAAAACCAAAAAAAAAAA